CAACAGAAACGCCAUCUUGACAGCAGCCUCAAAAUGGCAGAGAGAUGUGAUCUCAAAUCCGACUCCAAACUAAAAUUCCUUAACUCUGUUAUUUAAAACCAAAUGUGCCAUUUUUUCCUUAAACGGGAGGUUAUGGGGCUGGUGUCCAGCGCUGUUGAACAGAGCCUGUAAAAUGGAUAUAACCACGGUGGUUUUCAACGCGGCCAGAGAUGGUAAGCUGAAACUUCUCCAGAAGUUGCUGAGCAACAAAACUCCCGAGGAGCUGGAGGCAUUAGCAGAGGAGAAAACACAGGGAGGCACGGCUCUGUUGAUAGCCUCUAGAUACGGACAUUUAGAGGUUGUAGAUUACCUCCUUGAACAUUGUAAAGCAAAUGUGGAACUCGGGGGUUCAGUCAACUUUGACGGCGAAACCAUCGAGGGGGCUCCGCCGCUGUGGGCGGCUUCGGCAGCCGGUCACCUCCCUGUGGUUAAGACCCUACUAAAACACGGUGCCUCGGUGAACAACGCAACUUUAACUAACUCAACUCCGCUCCGAGCCGCCUGCUUUGACGGCCAUCUGGAGAUAGUCCGCUACCUGGUGGAGCACAGAGCUGACAUGGAGGUCGCAAACCGCCACGGUCACACCUGUCUCAUGAUCUCCUGCUACAAGGGCCAUAAAGAAAUAGCCAAGUUCCUUCUGGACCGCGGUGCUGAUGUUAAUAGAAAAAGCGUAAAAGGAAACACCGCUCUUCACGACUGUGCUGAAUCAGGUAGUCUGGAUAUCAUGAAGAUGCUGCUAAAGUGCAAUGCCCGCAUGGAGAGGGAUGGAUAUGGAAUGACCCCACUCCUGGCUGCAAGUGUAACAGGUCACACCAACAUCGUGGAGUAUCUAGCCCACCAGCCUUUGACAUCCAGAGAAGAGCGGAUUGAUGCACUUGAACUAUUAGGGGCUACUUUUGUUGACAAAAAGCGUGAUCUGCUGGGGGCCAUGAGGUACUGGAGAAGAGCCAUGGAGCUGAGGCAACCAGGUGACAAAGUGGAAUCACUGGCCAAGCCUCCACCUGGUCCCCCCAUCCCUGCUUAUGGCUGUGCACAGGAGGUGAACACUGCAGAGGAACUUGAAGCUUUGAUCACAGACCCUGAUGAAAUGAGGAUGCAGGCUUUGUUGGUUCGUGAGCGCAUCCUGGGGCCAUCCCACCCAGACACCUCUUAUUACAUCCGCUACAGGGGAGCUGUUUACGCUGACUCAGGCAACUUUGAACGCUGUAUCAGUCUGUGGAAAUACGCUUUAGAUAUGCAACAAAGCAACUUGGAUCCUCUCAGUCCCAUGACAGCCUCCAGUUUCCUGUCUUUUGCAGAGCUUUUCUCUUUUGUGCUUCAGGACCGCGCCAAAGGCACUCUGUCGACCCGUGUCACCUUCCAGGAUCUAAUGACUGUGCUGGGGAAAAGCGUGAGGGAGGUGGAGAGAGCCGUGGCACAGAGAGAUAACCCUCCAGAAGCCCCUCAGUUCACAAAAGCUCUCUCCAUCAUCCUCCAUCUCAUCUUCCUACUGGAGAAGCUUGAUUGCAGCCCCGAACAGGAGCACCAAAAGAAGUACACCGUGUACCGGCUGCUAAAGCUAAACCCUCGAGGUCGGAAUGGCUUCACUCCUCUUCACAUGGCUGUAGACAAAGAAACCACAUCUGUGGGCCGCUACCCUGUAGGCCGCUUCCCAUCUCAGGCAGUGACUGCCCUGCUGUUAGAGUGUGGUGCAGACAUCGAUUCACGUGACUGUGAAAACAACACACCACUGCACAUCGCUGCUAAAAAUGGUUGUCCAGAGAUUAUGACACUACUUAUGAAGGCCGGGGCUCACUUUGAUGCCACAAAUGCACAGAGGAAGACGGCUUACGAGCUGUUGGAUGAGCACAGCAGCGGGCACACGGCCCUCUACCCGCUAAACUACAUCACCCUUCAGUGCCUGGCAGCACGUGCUAUUGAAAAGCACAGACUGCCUUACAGAGGACUAAUAUCUGAGGAGAUGGAAGCUUUCAUUGAGCUACACUGACUUCCCUGAAGUUUUUUUUAGUGAUUUUUGGUUUCCACUGCUAUUUAUUGCUGGGUGAGACUUCCUUCAGCGAAAAUGUAGAGUUACAGUAUGACGGUGCCCGUGUAGGUUUGCUGGUUGAUGUAUGAGAGAUGGGUUUAAAUAUUAUUGGUACGAAGCAUCUGAUCAAAGUAGCCAGAGAACAUGCAUGAAAAUGAAGUGUGAAUAUGGUAGCUCAUGUGUUGUUUUCAAAUCUUCAUUAAAAAAGAAAGUGUUUUUAAACAAAUUCAAACACCUAUUGGCAAAAAAAAAAAUGCCUGCUGUGUCUCUUUAAUGCCACUGAGCUGUUUGA